GGCUCAGUGACAUAGCCGGCUGAAGCGGGCGGAGAGCGGCACGGGGUGGGCUGCGCGUGCCGGAGGGGGGAGCCGCCCCGUGCCCGCGCCAUGUAUCAGCGGAGCCGGGCAGUGGCCGGACGAAUCGGCCCCCGGUGCUGCUGGGGCUGGGAGGGGAGCGGCGGAAGGCGCCGUUGGGCUCAGGGCGACUCCACGAGAUGCUGUUAUCGGGCGCGGCCGCGGGACCUAGAUGCAUCUUGGGAUAAGCUGCCUCCUGGGCUCGUCCCUGUGGGCUCCAUAGGGCCAACGUUGCACUCGCUUUUCACCAGGAGACCGUUGGAAGCCCCCACCUCCCUCCUGGCUUUGCCCGUCCCUACACAAGGCAACUUUGCUGGUAUCAACAGAAGUGAGCCAAAGAUCAGACCUUGCCCACUGACUCACCGGCCCAGUGUUGAGACAGGGGCUCUUUUUCAUCCUGCUGUGCUUUCCCCUCCUGAAGGCAUGGAGUGUGCCAUAACAUUGGUGAAUGGAAGGCAGGAAGAUGACAUAGUGGUAAGGGACGGUGAAGGACUGGAUGGUGCCUCUUUAGACUCUUUGCACAGCUUGUUCCAUGGCUGGCAGUGCCGUUCACCCUACCAGGUGCCCGAGGUAACCCUGGGUCCGCUCACGCCCUUCCGAGCCACAGCAGGAAGUCCGUCUCCAGCCAGUUCUUCAAGAAGUGACGAUUCCAGCAUGGAGGAUCAUCUUGCAGUCAUGCACCAGAAAUUACGGAGUGAGUUACCAGGCUUCUUUUUGAAGAUACACGACUAUGGAAUCUACUCAAAGGAUGUGGAGUUUGACAAUGAGAUUCUGCACUUUAAAACUCGUGGCCGAACUAUGUACCAGCUGGCACUGACCUUGUGCCGUUUCGUGGCCUGGAACUACUUUGCCGACUUGCGCAUGGAAGUGCUGAAGGUGACGCAGCACUCUGAGAACUGGAGCAUCCAAGCCCGGUGGCGGAUUACGGGGCUGCCUUUCCACGUCCUCCUUUUCCGCUUCUACAGGAGGGACAAGGCUGAGCUGUACAGGACCUACGAUGCCUAUUCCACUUUCUUCCUAGAUUCCGAAGGGUUAAUUAAAUGUCACAGGGUAAGCAAGCUGAUGCCAUCCCAGCCUCCCCUGACCACGGUAAAAAAACUCCUGGUCGCCUCUUUGUUGGGCCUGGGGUUGUCUGACCAGAGGCCCUCUCUGCAACUCUUCUUUUCAGCUCUGGCAGGCAAAUAGCAGGGGCUGCCAGAACAGCUGAGGCCGAGCCCACUUCUUGCGUUUCCUAUAGUUCGUCUGCGCCAAGGCAGGGCGAGAAUGUCACCAGGGGCUCAUUGUGUCUCUGUGUGGCCUUCGUGCAGGGAGUGUGGGCCUUCCUUGACGUUGCUUCGUUAGUCCCACCUGAUAAGUGCUGUAAAGACGGUUGUAAUUUAAUCUGUACAUAAUAAAGGUUUAUGUUGAAGAGAG